ACAGAGUGUACUAUCGUUAGACUUCGUAACCAACGCACAUUUUCGUUUGCCGCACACCUUCGCCGAGAGUCCGGACGUCGUUGCGCCGACACCGAUCACUUCUGCAUCGCAAAGCCUAUCUCUAUCAACAAUGCACGAUCAAAUUCGAGAGAGCAGUCCGCCAUCUGACGGGGAUAUGGACUAUGAACUUUAUGCUAUGCCUAACGCCAACCUCAUAGUCACCGAAGACGAAAUUGAUCCACAAGAAGACCUAUCUUCUGCGUUCCAUGAACAACUAUCUACAAGCGAUCCAACCGCGAACAAUAAAAACGGACAUGAGGGCACCUCUCCACAUUACCCUCAGCACUCCCAACGCAAGAAUCGAUUCGACCAAGCCGUGUAUACCGAAACGCUUGAAAUCGAUCCGCUUGUGCACAGUGAUCAGGCCAUACGAAAUGAAUGUGCGCUUUCUCCGUCUUUCUCGCCGCCAGAAGAGUGGCAAGCUAUCGAUCGUGCUAGUAUCAAGCGCAUCGAUGAGGAAGGUCAAGCUUUCGUUUCAAGACUCGGAGAUCGAGAACGAGAAAUUGACGCUAUGAACGCAUCCAUUUGCUCAGAUCAAUGGCCGUAUACUAUGCCCGAGAGCUGGAAUAAACUAGACCUAUUCAAGUUGGCCAAGCAUCCUCAGCUCCAUGCGUUCUACGCUCAACAGGAUCUCAUCAUACGCCAGCUCAUAGAGACCCGCAUUGAGUUCAUCAAAGGGGCUUGUUACACUGAGAGGGAGGGUGGCUUGGAUGCGGAACACCAGUACUUGAACAAACAGCUAUUCUGUCAUUAUGGUGAUAGGGAAGACGACAAGGCACUUGGCGAAAAUCUUCUGAAUCGGGAAAUGCAGCAAAUGAAGAUUCAGGAGGAUGUCUUGCACGCAUUACCAGCAGCUGCGGCCAAGCCAGAUUUGCGCGAAUCCAUGCUGGAUUACCCAAACCUCGAUGGUCAGCUCGACCAACUUGGUAGCACCGACGUCCACGCCUUCCCACUGAUUCUGCAUGAGAGUGAUGACAAACAACAAGACCCUCAUACCGUUGCUGAACCGCCAGAGAGUUCAACUACGGCACAAACUAGCGCGGCCGCCGAAGCGUCCACCUCUAGUCCUCCGCCACCAAAUGAGCAGCCAGCCGCAGACACACCAGCGCCACAAGACUCAAACUCUCCCAACACUGUCAUCCCAGACAAUGGUCAGCCAACGUCACAAAUUUAUCUGAUGGUACCAAUUACACUCCCGCCUCAUAUGCGAUCAGUUGGUGUCCCCGGAACGCCUAUGAACUCGCCUUCGCCCGCACUGUCGAACGAUGUGGUAGACCAAGGACCUAUCCCCGUCAGACUAGUAUCGCGACUGGAGCGUAUUGAGAACGAGAGGCGUCAAUCUGCCGGGGAGGAUGCAACUCACGGUAGCGGGAACAAUACACGACUGCCAAGCGAGGAGGGAGAAGGAAUCGGACGCAUAGGACCGGUCAACAGCGUCGCGGAGUGGCAGGCAGGCGUAGCGAGAUCAGGCGGCGCUGCGGAACAGUCUACAGAUCAACCUAGCAAGCAGACAGAUGAGGACGAGGAUGAACGGAUGAGUAAGUGUGCGAGACUUGAGGUUGGGUUCUGAGAGACUACCCCAUUAACAUGCUUGCUCACACGCGUCUCACAGGCGAUACAUAAAAAAAUCGCAGACAUUCGCGCGUACAUGGUCAUGGAUGAGAAGUGCUACCAGGCGCAAAUGGAACAAUUGGAAUGGGAGAUCGAGCUUGGGAACCUUGUCCCCAGCCCUGGCCAUGCCAAUGAUAUUUACGAUAACAAUGAGGCCGCCGAGUAUGAGCCGCCGACUGUUCGAGAGGAGAUGUUCGACUGGUGGGGUAGACGCCAGAA